AUGGGCGACGACGUGUCGAGAGAGUCGCGUCCAAUCCCAGAAUCGCCGUUAACAUCGGCCACGGGAUUGGGACACCCGAGGAUUAUCAAUCGAUCUUCAGUCAGAAGGCAUCGAGCCACCGUCGCGUGUAAUCACUGUCGCUUUCGCAAAGUGAGAUGCAGUGUCGUCAGCGGCCAUCCUUGUUACAACUGCAUCGUGGAGGAGGUCGAAUGUAUCCUGCCACACCGCCGGCCACGCGGCAAACCCAAGGCUCAAAAGCCGUCUGCCAGCUCGCAGCUCAUGGUUGACAUACUUUCCAACUCAUCAACUAAGCCACCUGAUGGCCCUGCAAGCACGUGGUCUGAGAUCACACCCGACCUCCCUCGCGAUGCCGAAGCCAACGGAUCUCGGUCGCCCUGUGCCAUUCAACCUGAGCAUCCCCACCGUACUUUGGAUGGGGACAAAUCGUGGGACAUCGACGAGACUGUUGCACCCGACCGCAAUUUCGACUGGUAUGAGGCCGCGACGCAGAGUCUGACGUCCCCCAUAUCUCCUGACGACACGGUCCCGCGGUCGAAUGUCUCGGUUCACCCGCCGAAUACCCUACCGGACGCCCAAGAUCAAGACCGUCUACCAUUUGUAAAACCAAUGCCAUCGGACUUGGCUGUCGAAGAUUUGAUCUAUCUGCGCCAGAGGGGUGCUUUGACACUUCCCAAUCCAGAAUUGCGCGAUGAUUUACUCAAAAAUUAUGUUGAGCUCGCCCACUAUUUCCUGCCCCUCAUCGACCUAGAUUCGUUUCAAGCCAGCAUCGAAAAUCCAGCACGGCAUGGCCAAAUCAGCCUGCUGCUCCUGCAGGCUAUCAUGUACUCUGCUACAGCCUGGGCAGACGUGAAGCUAGUACGCCGAGCAGGUUUCCUGACUCGAGAUGCGAUGCGCCGGGCAUACUACCUUAAGACUAAGUUGCUUUAUGACUUUAACUGCGAGCGAGAUCGCAUCGCCAUUGUGCAAUCCCUGGUUCUGCUUACCACCUGGUGGGUUUCACCUACCGAACAAAAGGACGGGUAUUACUGGUGCAGCGUGGCGCUGGCCGUAGCCAAAUCGAUUGGUCUCCAUCGAGACGCGCAUAGCGAAGGCCUGCCGGCGCCAGUUCGCAGACUUCGUCGACGGAUCUGGUGGUGCUGUCUGAGUCGCGACGCCUUCACUUCUCUGGGCACCAAUCGAGCACCGAGAGUUCGACCUGACGACUUCACCGUGGCUCCGCUCACGUUGGAGGAUAUGUCCUGCUCCGACAGUGGUGUCUAUGCGAAUGAGCCGCACAAAUUCAAACUCACUUCAAUCUUUUUCGCGUCAACAAAGAUCUGCAGGAUCCUGAGCACGAUUGUUGAUCUAUUCUACGCCGAAAAUCCAAUCGGUCACAACGGCAUCCUCUAUCCGAAACAGGACGACAACCACACGCAGCCCCCGCGCUUGGACGAUCUCGAAAAGCUCGAGAUGUGCGAACGAGACCUACAGAGGUGGCGCGACCAAGUGUCGGACGAUCUACUGCACCAAUAUCCCGUCCCUACGAUCACUUCGUCCGCCGAUGAAGCCGUGGUCAUACACCGUGCGAUGCUGGCGAUGAUGUAUCUGGUUGCGCAGUUCUGCUUGCACCGUCCGCGUGCCUUGGCUGAUCGUAUGGGCUUAGGGGCAGGCCAUGAUCAGAUGCGGGCUUCGCAAAGAUCGAUGCGUGCGGCGGCGGCAGAUCUCAACAAGAUCGUGAUGGAUUUGUACCGGGCCGACCUCAUGCGCCGCUUACCGGGAACGAGCAUUUCGUGCAUCCUGACCGUCAGCUGGAGCCACGUUUUUGAUCUGCAAUCGGCGAGUGACGAACGUCGUCGAGAAGGGGCCCGGCGGUUCGAAGAAUGCAAACUGGCUCUCCGAGAGCUCGUGGAGACCAAUGUCGCAGCUGAAUGGGCGAUCGGAUUCUUGACCUUUGCGGCGUCGCACGUCAGUCGUCUGUUCAAGAGACGACAGGUGCAACCCCUUCCACCGGAUGGUGGAUUAGCGAGGACGGUGUCGAGAAAGAUGCAACAUGCCGCCACGCCUGUCUUAACCGGCAGCGACACCAAUGCAGCCGGAACUCACGAACCCGCGACACAAGACUGGACCGAUGCCCGCCCCUUGGAAAUGCAGACGCAGACACGUCAGGGGUCGGGCGUUGGUCUCUCCGACUUCGGGGACUCCGUGAUGGGAUCCGUGUUCAAUUUGCCGGAUGAUGAUAUAUUCAAUCUAGAUUUCUCCAACUUGACUGACAUGUGGGUGGGUAUGCCUAGUGCGGCUUAG